AAAAAUUUGACAUUGAAAUUGUGAAUUGAAAUCAAAUAAUGAAGAUGUGAGAAAAAGCGCGGGGCAUAGUGUAAUAGAUUUUGUAAAGAUGAUGAUGACGAUGAUGGGAGUGUGUGAGAGUAGCGGCGGUGAGGAAGAGAUAAGGGCGACGAAGAAAAGAGCGGAGACAUGGGUGCAGGAAGAGACGCACACUCUCAUUGGCCUCCGUCGUGAGAUGGACGCGCUUUUCAACGCUUCCAAGUCCAACAAGCACCUUUGGGAACACAUUUCAUGCAAGAUGCGCGACAAGGGUUUCGAUCGAUCCCCGACCAUGUGCACCGACAAGUGGAGGAACCUCCUCAAGGAGUUUAAGAAAGCCAAACACCAUGACUCCGACACCGACAUUCUCGGAAAUGGUUCCGCCAAGAUGUCUUGUUAUUACAACGACAUUGACGACAUACUCAGCGAGAGGACCAAGUCCCUUCACUACAACACCAAACUUGAUUCUUUUUUGCACUUCCCAGAUAAAGCUAUUGAGGAUACCAGCCUCUCUUUUGGGCCUGUUCAAGCUACUGGAAGACCAACUCUCAACCUCGAGAGAAGUUUGGAUCAUGACAGACAUCCUCUUGACAUUACCACAGCUGAUGCUGUCGCAGCUAGUGGGGUUCCUUCAUGGAAUUGGAGAGAAACUACUGUAAAUGGUGAGGAAGGUCAGUCUUGUUGCGGAAGGGUUAUAUCAGUCAAAUGGGGCGAUUAUACGAGAAAGAUAGGUAUUGAUGGUGCUUCAGAAGCCAUCAAGGAGGCAAUUAGGGCUGCUUUUAGGUUGAGGACGAAACGUACAUUUUGGUUGGAGGAUGAAGACCAGAUAAUCAGAAGUUUUGACCGUGACAUGCCUUUAGGAAAUUACACUCUUCACCUUGAUGAAGGAAUGACCAUUAAAGUAUGCCUCUAUGAUGAGCCUGACCAUAUCCCUGUGCAUACUGAAGAGAUCUUUUACACUGAAGAUGAUUAUCGUGAUUUUCUAACCCGCCGGGGUUGGACUUGUCUAAGGGAAUUUGAUGGCUAUAGAAAUGUUGAUAAUAUGGAUGAUCUUCGACCUGGUGCUAUAUACCGAGGGGAAAAUGGACGAGGCCGUGUGCUCCAAUCAGUUGCCUCGACAUCUACAUGUCUGUAAAUAUGAUUUUGGCAAUGAGAUCAUAUUAUUUCUCUAGAUUUUUUAUAUAGUAUUGUGGUCAUAACAUUUUAUAUUUACUUCUAUGCAGUGUAUCGGGACA